AUGGCCGACCAUGUUGUUAAUUCCCUCGUAGAGUACUUGUCCCAGCAACUCGAAAAGGAAGCAAAUUUCUUUGGUGGAGUGGAGGAUCAAGUCAAGUCACUCCAUAGGGAGCUUAGGCUGAUUAAUAUCUUCUUGGAGAGCUCCGUGGGGAAACGGAAUGAGCAUCCAAUAGUGAAGGAGGUAGUCGGACAGAUCAGGGAGGUGGCUUAUGAGGCUGAGGAUGUUAUCGACACGUUCAUCCUCAAGGUUGCAGAGCACAAGAAGAGGAGCCUGAUGGGGAGGAUGCUUAGUAGCCCCAUGCACGCAAAGAUGCUCCGAGAUGUUGGAAGAAAGAUUGCACGCAUCAAGAACGAAAUCAAUGAAAUCUACAACAAUAGAGAAAGGUAUGGCAUUAUUGAAAGAGCCACAGAGAGUGUAGAUGCAGCGGCGGCAGCAGCGGAGGCACUACACAAGCGUAGGAGAGAAGUCGAGGAAGAUGACGUGGUGGGCUUCGUUGAUGACUCAUCGACAGUGGUGGGACAACUUAUUGAAGGGGAUCGUAAGUUUGAUGUCAUUUCGAUCAUUGGAAUGGGAGGCCUGGGGAAGACAACUCUUGCCCGGAAAAUCUACAAUAAUGUUUGCGUCAAGCGGCACUUUCAGCGCUGUGCAUGGGUGUAUGUAUCUCAAGAUUUUAGAACUAGCGAGCUCUUGCUUAAAAUUUUGAAAGAGAUGCCAAUCCCAGAUCAGCGGAGAACACUAGAAGAUCAGUUGGGUGUAGACGAAUUAAAGGAGAAGUUGUUCAAAUGCUUGCUAAGAAAGAGGUACCUAAUAGUCAUGGACGACAUCUGGAAUACUGAAGUCUGGGAUGAAGUAAGAUCUGCUUUUCCUGAUAACAUGAAUGGAAGCAGAAUAUUGAUCACCAGCCGCAUAAAAGAAGUAGCUUCACAUGCAAGCUCUACUCCACCCUACUUUCUCCCAUUUCUUGACAAAGACGAAAGUUGGGAGCUCUUUAGAAAGAAAGUGUUUCGGGGAAGAACAUGUCCUCCCGAGUUAGCAACUCUAGGGAGAAAAAUCGCAGAUGAUUGUCGUGGCUUACCACUUUCCAUUGUGGUUUUAGGGGGCCUUUUAGCAAAUAAAGAGAAGACAUACCGAGAAUGGUCCAAAUUAAUUGGCAAUGUAAAUUGGUUCCUUACUGAUCAGGCUAAUCCAAUCUGCAAAGACAUUUUGGCCUUAAGCUACACCAACUUACCUCGACGUUUGCAACCAUGCUUUUUGUAUUUUGGUGUAUAUCCGGAAGACUUUGGGAUCCCCGUAAGGCAAUUGAUCCAGCUAUGGACAGCUGAGGGAUUCAUACAGCACACGGGCAAUAGAAGCAUAGAGGAUGUCGCCGAAGACUACUUGGAGGAGCUCAUUGAUCGAAGCUUGAUCCAAGUGGGUAGCAGGGCGACAGAUGGAGGCUUAAAGAUAUGUCGUAUUCAUGAUCUUCUGCGAGACCUCUGCAUAUCCGAGAGCAAGGAAGACAAAUUUCUUGAGCUACUUAGAGCCGGUAACCUUUCAUUCCCCAUCAAAUCUCGUAGACUAUCCUUCCAUGGUGAUGGUAGCUUUCCUCUAUACAAUGUCCUAAACUUCUUUGAUCCUCCAUGUGCUCGUUCUUUGUUGUUAUUUUGCAAAGUCAAAGAUAGAGACUUGAAUUUGUUCGUCGAAAACUUCAAGUUGAUUCGGGUGCUUAAUUUGGAGCGCUGUAUAGUACUCCACUCCAUUCCCAAAAGCAUAGAAACAAUGAUCCACUUGAGGUACUUGAGGAUAACAUUAUCUGAGUCAGUAAGUGUUAUUCCGGAUUCCUUUGGUAACCUUAGGAAUCUAGAAACACUUGUCAUAGAGGGUGGACAUUUAGAAGAUGAAUAUCAUCCAGUAAUUCGUAGGGUAAGCGGGAUAUUUAAGCUGCAGCGCUUAAGGAAUCUGUAUCUGAAAGAGUUGCUGCCGUUGCCUUACCAUUUGGAUGAAGUUCUAUGGAACCUCCAAGUCCUUUCCACUUCAACAUGUUGGUAUGUUGGAGAGCUUGCUGGCGAACUGGACAAGUUUCCUUGUGUUAGGGAACUAGAAAUAAAAUUUAUCUACAAGGGGUUGUUUUUUGAAGAUGACAACAAAGCAGUACAUUUUUUGGAAAGCCUUCAUCAUUUACAUUAUCUUCAAAAAUUGACAAUCGAUGCAUUCACAAUACCUCCUAGUGAUUCGAUUUCAUUUCCAUUGACAAUCACUCAUCUAACCUUAGAAAAUACUCGGUUAGCAGAAGGUGGCGGCAUGAUAGUGCUGGGAAACCUUCCCAAUCUUCGGAUAUUGAAAUUAGAACAGUGUUACGAUAUUAGAAAUCUGCACGUCUUUGGAGAUUCAUUUCCUAGACUCGAAGUCCUUGAAUUGCGACGUUUAAAUGACGUUAAAGAAUGGAAACAAGAGGAAGGUGCAAUGACAUGCCUUAGAUAUUUGGUUAUCGAAUCAUGCCGUGAAUUGACAAUGCUCCCUCCGGAACUAUGGAGUUUGACUGCCUUGCAAAAGGUGGAGGUGUUACAUCCCAACUCAGAAUUGGAACAGAUGCUUCGAGAAUUGCAGAUGACGUUUAGGUGUAAGCUAGUGAUCGGUUCAGCUCAUUGACAACCCUCGUCCGUGGGUUCAAGUACUGAUAUCAUCCAAAGAUCCAUUUUGCAGAUAACAUCAACGGAAAUGGAAACAGUGUUAUGAUGUUCAUGCAGCCCCACGGUUUUCAGGAGGUAGGGGGAUUGAUGGAGAACUAACAGCUCUAUUUGGCAACCCUUAUUCUGUUGAUCAAAGACUUUGGUUUGAUAAGGCUGGAGUUGUCUGUUUACUUCCCCUGUUUUUCAGCACAUGAAGGAUUCUGCUUCAAGAAGGAGAAGAGUCACCAAAUAGAGCUAAUUAAGAGUCAUCAUUGUUAUCUUCUUGAGGCUUUGGUGAGACUCCAUUGCCACCUUGUUCCCAUUGUGUGUGUUUGGUGCUUUUGUUUGAUCCAAAUAACGUUUUUGUGUGUGUAAGAAUCAAUGGUUGGAAUUUUUUUAU